AUGGUCAGUAAGAGUGAACGGACUAGUGGACCGCUAACACAGCAAGAGUUGAUAAGAGCCGAGAAAAUUCUCUAUCGUCUAGCCCAGCAAUGCGAGUAUGCGGAAGAAAUUUCAAUCCUUUUCGCCAACCGCCUAAAUGAAACCGAAAGCAAUACGAUUCCCAAAAACAGCUCUAUCGUCUACUUCUGUCCUUUCCUCGAUGAGUCCGACGUGUUGAGAGUCCGUGGUCGGACCGGUGCCUGUUCGUUUAUCAACUACGACGCAGUAAAUCCUAUCAUCCUUCCGCGCAAUCAUCACGUUACCCAUCUGAUAGUACUCCAUUACCACCGCAAGUACCACCACCAAAACCACAACACUGUUCUAAAUGAGAUUCGCCAGCGAUAUAGAAUUCCUCGUCUCAAAUCCGUAUAUGCUACGAUCCGCAAAGGCUGCCAGAAAUGCAUGAACGAGAGGGUAGUCCCACAACCCCCAGCCAUGAGUGAUCUGCCUCCAUCGCGCCUAGCCGCCUGCUCUCGUCCGUUCACACAUAUGGGGGUGGAUUAUUUCGGUCCGAUUAUGGUCUCCGCAAAUCGCAAAACGGAAAAACGUUGGGUACUAAUUGCUACCUGUCUCACCAUCCGCGCUAUACAUCUGCAAAUUGCACACACACUCAGUACUGAUUCCUGCAUCAUGGCUCUACGCAACGUAAUAGGUAGGAGAGGUGCACCGGCAGUUAUUUACAGCGACCAAGGUACUAAUUUCCGUGGUGCUAACAGAGAGUUGAAGGUCGUUUUGGCGAAUCUAGAUCAACAACGUUUGAUUGCCGAAUUCACUACACCCCACACCAGUUGGAACUUCAAUCCACCAGCUUCUCCACAUAUGGGAGGAGCGUGGGAGCGUCUCAUACGCACAGUCAAACAAAACCUCAAUAAGCUUCUGCCAAAAGGCCCGCUUUCCUACGAAGUCCUGGAGAAUCUACUCAUAGAAGUGGAAAACAUCGUGAACUCUCGACCACUGACCAGCAUCCCGUUGGAAGACGACGAGUCCCCGGUGCUCACCCCAAACCACUUUUUAUUAGGUUCGUCAAACGGUCUGAAGCCAUGGACCCUUCUAGACGAUAAUCCUGCGACGCUCCGGAACUGCUGGCAACACUCUCAAACCUUAGCAAAUCAGUUUUGGAAACAAUGGCUUCGGGAUUACUUACCGUCAAUCACACGACGACCCAAAUGGUUUGACCCAGCGAAACCAAUCGAGGUCGGGAAUAUCGUCGUAAUUGUGGACCCUAACUCUCCACGUAAUUGUUGGCCGAAAGGGCGAGUUAUAGCUACGAAGCCAGGAGCCGACGGCCAAGUAAGAUGGGCUACCAUCCAGACCGCACAUGGCAUAUAUGAACGCCCGGCCGUGAAAAUAGCCGUCCUAGACGUGGGCGUCCCUAAGGAUACGCCUCAGAAGGACUAA